AUGGCUCGGACGAUGGUCCCAAAAACCGCGACCGUGGUGACAGCUCCAGAGAAUACGACCCAUACGGCAGCGCAAGCAGAGACAGCCUCAGACGCGAUGGACUUGGAUCCCCAAGCAUCGACCUCCUUGGCAAAUACCCAAGAACGCCGCAGCUCGCCGGACGUCAGAGUUCUCUCGAAAGAAGAGAAGAUUCAAUUACUCACGAAAGAACACAUUGUUCUUUGGAAGAAAUGCGAAGCAGCCCGACCAUCAGGCGCUACCGAGGAGCUCAAAGCACUCCUGUGUCAAGCACAGGAGAGCCAGAAAGUCCUCCAGAAAUUGAUUCCUCGCAAGGAACUCGAAGAAUUCGUCAAGGGCUGGAACCCUUGGACGAUCAAGAAAGAGUUAUAUCCCAACGCGCCAAAGAAAAACGAAGGGAAGAAGCGCAGCUCCUCCUCCAAAGAGGCGAAGGAGUUGUACAACGACCCAGGUCGUUGGAAGAAAGUGAUGAGAGGCUGCAACACCCUCGAGGCAGCCUACCGCCACAUGGCGGAUUAG